GGACUUGUCCUGUAAUCUCUGUUUCUUCAUGGCUGUAAUAGAACUUCUCAGCAGACUCCGAGAAGCAUGAAAUGGAGACAUGGGAAGUUUCUGUUUCAGAUGAUCGGGCUGAACAACGAACCUGUCUCAUUUGUGGGGACCGCGCUACAGGCUUGCACUAUGGGAUCAUCUCCUGUGAGGGCUGCAAAGGGUUUUUCAAGCGGAGCAUUUGCAACAAACGGGUAUAUCGAUGCAGUCGUGACAAGAACUGUGUCAUGUCUCGAAAGCAGAGAAACAGGUGCCAGUACUGCCGCCUGCUCAAAUGCCUCCAGAUGGGGAUGAACCGGAAGGCUAUCAGAGAAGAUGGCAUGCCUGGAGGCCGGAAUAAGAGCAUCGGGCCAGUCCAGAUAUCAGAAGAAGAGAUUGAAAGGAUCAUGUCUGGGCAGGAGUUUGAGGAAGAGGCCAAUCACUGGAGCAACCAUGGUGACAGCGACCACAGUUCCCCUGGGAACAGGGCUUCAGAGAGCAACCAGCCCUCACCAGGCUCCACACUGUCCUCCAGUAGGUCUGUGGAACUAAAUGGAUUCAUGGCCUUCAGGGAUCAGUACAUGGGGAUGUCUGUGCCUCCUCAUUAUCAGUAUAUACCGCACCUUUUUAGCUAUUCUGGUCACUCGCCACUUCUGCCCCCACAAGCUCGCAGUCUGGAUCCUCAGUCUUACAGUCUGAUUCACCAGCUGGUAUCUGCCGAGGACCUGGAGCCAUUGGGCACACCUAUGUUGAUCGAAGAUGGAUAUGCUGUGACACAGGCAGAGCUUUUUGCCUUGCUUUGCCGCCUGGCCGAUGAGCUGCUCUUCAGGCAGAUUGCCUGGAUCAAGAAGCUGCCUUUCUUCUGCGAGCUCUCAAUCAAGGAUUACACGUGCCUCUUGAGCUCUACAUGGCAGGAGUUAAUCCUGCUGUCCUCCCUCACGGUUUACAGCAAGCAGAUCUUUGGGGAGCUGGCUGACGUCACUGCCAAGUACUCACCCUCUGACGAAGAACUACACAGAUUUAGUGAUGAAGGGAUGGAGGUGAUCGAGCGGCUUAUCUACCUGUAUCACAAGUUCCAUCAGCUAAAGGUCAGCAAUGAGGAGUAUGCUUGCAUGAAGGCAAUUAACUUCCUAAAUCAAGAUAUCAGGGGUCUGACCAGUGCCUCACAGCUGGAACAGUUGAACAAGCGAUAUUGGUACAUUUGCCAGGAUUUCACUGAAUAUAAAUAUACGCAUCAGCCAAACCGCUUUCCUGAUCUCAUGAUGUGCUUACCAGAGAUUCGAUAUAUUGCAGGAAAGAUGGUGAAUGUACCCCUGGAGCAGCUGCCCCUCCUCUUUAAGGUGG